UCUCUCAUCACAUGUCCGGACGGGUCGUGUCCUGAAUACGAGAACAAAAGCAAUUUGAUAUCCGCGCGAGAGAUCCAACUCCUGGUGUCCACCGAUGUGUACGACUCCUACAAACGCUAUCGCCUUAACUGGAUGGUCGAGAGGGAUCCGACCCGCACCUGGUGUCCGACGCCUAACUGCGAAACUGUAUGCCAUAUAAAGCCGCCGAAACACCAUAAGGACAGCAAAAAGCCCAUACCUGUCCACUGUUCCAGUUGCAAUAAAACCUUCUGCUCGUCGUGUCGGAGGAACUGGCAUUUGGGCGUCGACUGCAAAAAGUAUAGCGCACACGAAGAGUACGUAUCACCGUCGUCGCCAAUCAAACGGUGCCCGAAGUGCUGUAUACUGAUCGAGAGGGACGAGGGGUGCGCUCAGAUCAUGUGCCGCAACUGUAAACACGUCUUUUGCUGGUACUGUUUGGCAUCGCUGGAGGAUGACUUUCUGUUGCGCCACUACGACAAGGGUCAGUGCAAAGACAAGUUGGGCCACUCGAGGGCGUCGGUCAUAUGGCACCGGACCCAAGUGGUGGGCAUAUUCGCCGGCUUCGGGCUACUGAUCCUAUUGGCGUCGCCUAUGUUCAUACUGGCCGCCCCCUGUCUACUGUGCUGUCGAUGCAACUCGUGGUAUAAGAGCGAUGAUCACGACAUCUCCAACGAAGACUUUGAUCCCAUCAGUAGCAGUGAUAUUGGCGUCAAAAGUGACUCAAUUUUAUAAUAAUUUAAUGACUUUUUAAUUGAUUACGAAUUUCGAGAGCAAUGUCUUAAUAAUAAGUGUAUAUUAUUUUCUCCUCUCAUUUAGCGCUUUAUUUUCCCCUUUAUUUCUGUAUAUAUUUUAAGCGAUUUUUAAAUCUGUUUUUUAAAAUCUCUGUUUGUAUUUACGAAAGUGUAC